UGACACAACACGGAAGCCAUGCAAGAUGGAAAGAAAGGGCGGAAAGCCCAAUCAACACAUUUCAUGUUUAUUUCCUGAAGUUUUAACGAUUAUUUUUAGUUACUUGAGUGUAAGGGACAAAGGUCGUGUGGCGCAGGUAUGUGUGAAAUGGCGAGAUGUCGCCUACAACCGGUGCGUAUGGCGGGGAGUUUGUGCCAAACUACAUCUUCGCCGGGCAAAUCCGUCUUUGUUCCCCAGUCUGGUCAAACGUGGGAUUAAAAGAGUUCAGAUUCUCAGCCUGAAGCGCAGCUUACGUGACGUAGUGGUGGGGAUUCCUAAUGUAGAGACCCUGAAUCUGAGCGGAUGUUUCGUGGUGACGGAUCAUGCACUCGGACAUGCAUUCUCACAAGAUCUACCAUGCAUGACGGUUCUAAACCUUAGUCUUUGCAAGCAAAUUACAGACAAUAGUUUAGGAAGAAUUGCCCAGUAUUUAACGAAUCUAGAGGUACUGGAAUUGGGAGGUUGUAGCAAUAUUACAAACACUGGUCUUUUGCUCAUAGCAUGGGGCCUGCGUAAAUUGAAAACAUUGAAUUUACGAAGUUGUCGACACAUAUCAGAUGCAGGUAUAGGACAUUUAGCGGGUAAUAGUCCAAAUGCUGCUGCCGGAACGUUAGAACUAGAAAACUUGGGAUUACAAGAUUGCCAGAAAUUAACUGAUCUCUCUUUAAAACAUGUAAGUAGCGGUCUUGUUAAUUUAAAAACGUUGAACCUAAGUUUCUGUGGUAGUGUGACGGAUAGUGGUGUGAAAUUCUUGGCGAAAAUGCAGACAUUACGGGAAAUAAACCUUCGGAGCUGUGAUAAUAUUAGUGACAUCGGUCUCGGAUACUUGGCGGAGGGUAAUUCACGCGUGACAAGUCUGGAUGUAAGUUUCUGUGACCAGGUGGGAGAUGAAGGCUUGGUCCACUUAGCUCAAGGAUUAUUCAGCUUGCGAAACAUCAGCCUAUCUGCAUGUAACAUAAGCGAUGACGGACUUAGCCGUCUAGUUAAUACAUUACAAGAUAUUACGACUUUGAACAUUGGACAGUGUGUACGAAUAACUGAUAAAGGUUUAAGUUUAAUAGCGGAUCACCUAAAAAGUCUCCAGUCUAUUGACUUGUAUGGGUGUACCCGAAUAACAACAGUGGGACUGGAAAGAAUAAUGCAGCUGCGGGGAUUGAAGUCAUUAAAUUUAGGCCUAUGGCACAAAGGUGAAAUAUAGGACAUCUUUGGAGGACUGUCUGAUAACUAGGUCAACCACAAUAGGUGCUCUGCGGGGGUGUUCAAUGUGCUGAAUUCAGAUCUUGCCAAACAGACAUUUUUUGUUGAUAUCAUUUUAAUUUUUUUUGUUACUGGUUGUAAAGACAGAAUCUAUUUUUUGUGUUUGAGUUUCAGAUGUUUAUAUUGUUGUGGUUUAUUUUAAGUACUCUCUAAUAGGAAUUAUUUGCAUUGUUUUACUUUAAUAUAUGCUUUAUAAAGGACUGUUUAUAAAAAAAGUUGGUGGUAGUUUAUGUUCAUCUUAAUUAUGCACCAGAGAAAUUUAAUUUUUGUGUCUAUACUUUUGUGUAUGUAACAAUUUUGUUUGUUUUUUUGCAGUGAAGUGCUGGGAGUAGAUUACUCCAAUUAUAAAUGAUUAAAUAUUAGCUU